AUGGCGUUAAACUUGAGUAAAAACGGCGCGGAACUUAAUGCUGCAUAUUCUGAGGUGGUGAACGGCAAGGCUGGUACCAAUUGGGCCCUGUUUACAUAUGAGGGGAACAGCAAUGACAUCCGUUUGGCCGGGAAAGGAGAUGGUGGCUUAGAGGAGAUGGUGGAGGAACUGAACAGUGGUAAAGUGAUGUAUGCUUUCUGUCGCGUGCUGGAUCCCAGCUCUGGGGUGCCGAAGUUCGUCCUCAUUAACUGGACCGGUGAAGGAGUCAAAGAUUUUAGGAAAGGAGUGUGUGCCAAUCACGUCCGAUCGAUGGCCAAUUUCUUACGCGGAGCCCAUGUGACCAUAAACGCCCGCUCAGAGGACGACGUGGAGCCAGACGUCAUCCUGGGAAAAGUGGCCAAAGCUUCCGGAGUCAACUACAACUUCCACAAAGAGUCGGAACGCUUCAGCGACACCGUACCCCGCCAGCCUGUGGGUUCUGUCUAUAGGAAGACCAGUGCCCUGGACGAGAUUAAAAGCAGCAACAAAGAGAACUUCUGGGCGAAGGCCGAGCAAGAAGAAAGGAAUCGUCGGCAGGAAGAACGCCAGAGGGUCAAUGAAGAGCGGCAGCGUCUGGAACGAGAGAGACAGGAGAGAGAUGCCAGGGAGGCCGCUGAACGGGAGAGAAGGCAGAAAGAGAGAGCCAAUCAGAUUGAUCAGCAGAAGAGUUUUGAGAAGAAGCAGGAGGUGGAGGCUAAAGACCAGGAGCUAAGACAGCAGGAGGAGAGGAAGGAGCAGACUCCGUACAGGGCCGGGGUAAAAAGCUCUGCUUCUGUUCAGAAAGCCAAUGAAGCGGCCUCCCUCAUAGCCCAGCGAUCUGUGAAUCCUAUGGAGAUGUUCAAACAGAAAGAAAAGAGUUUUUCCUCUAGCAACGGAGUUUCCACGUCUUCCUACAGGCCAGGUCGUUUGCAAAGCCCCUUUUUAUCCCAGAACUCAUUUAGCAUUGAGAAACCGCCCAGCAAGCCUGUGGUCCCAGAAUCCCCGGCGCCUGCCGUUUCCAUGUCCCCUGCACCUGCCGUUUCCGCGUCCCCUGCGCCUGCAGCCAUGUCUCCUGUGGAACAUGAUGAGGACUUCACCGAACAUCAGCUCAUUUCCGACCCACAGGAGGAAUCAGAGGAUGAGUGGCAAGAAUUUGAGGCGUCUGAGGAUGAGGCAUUGCAGGAGCUGGAGGAGAGUGAGGAGCCCUCUGCUGAGUUUGAGGAGUCAGAGGAGCCGCUGUACGACACGCCUCAGGUGGAGGACAGCCAGCCGUUUUAUGAAGACGUGGCAGAGGAGGGGCCGGGCGUUGACCAGGAGCCCCGUGCCCGAGCUCUGUACGAUUACCAGGCCUCCGACGACACGGAAAUCACCUUUGACCAUGGUGACAUCAUCACCGGGAUAGACAUGAUUGAUGAGGGCUGGUGGCGUGGUUAUGGCCCAGACGGACACUACGGACUCUUCCCAGCCAAUUACGUCGAACUCCUAUAA